UCCGUAACGGAGACAUUUUCUUCACUACACGCACACGAGCAUUCCAAAGCUUCUUGUACGGGCUCGCCUUCGAGAAAUUCAAUACUGAUGCUAUGAGAAGGCUUUCUGUCAUCGUCUCUCUGUUUUUCAAAGUAGUUCUUUCGAGAUUUGGAUCCACCCUCGCAUUCCUUGGUCGCACUCGCUUUUUCGGUCAUGACCGAACUAUCGUCUCCCAAAGUUUUCAGUGGUAUUCACCGUCGUGCAUUAGCGUCGAGCGCAGAAUGCUGCAAUCGUUGACGCUCUUCAGUGCAACGGGCUUAUCUCAACAUGUUUCUGUUGGAGAUUUUGUUGGAAGUGGAUCAUACGGUACAGUCCACCUCCUCGAUGUCGAUGGUGCGACGGUCGUUGGAAAACGCGCGUGGACUAGGGGAGAGCUGCAAGAGCAGCACCCGACUUUUAGAGAAAAAGACUUGUAUGAGAAGGAGGGCCGCUGCCGCUCCUACUGGAGAACGGAAGAGCACUGUUUUAAAAAACUUGGAAGCUUUAAGGGUAUUCCAAAUUUCCGUGGGUCGCGUAUGGACUCGGAAAAAAGGAACUGGAUGUUAUUUGAUCCUAUACUAUCAUCCAAAUCCAGCAGACCAGCGUCAUCCUUACUCGAAAUUAUGGCGCAAGACAGGCUCACCUAUCAAAAUGACAAGGAAAAUCAUCUUUCCCUUCUUUCAAAACAUUUAGUCGUAUCAACAAAGAGGGAGAAAGUAGCAUCUCUAACUGAGACUUUGGAUAUCGUGCUGGAACAGCUUUUGGAGGUGCUGUGUUUUGUGCAUUCGAACAAGGUUGUUCACCGUGACAUCAAACCUGGAAACUUGCUUGUGGCAUCGGGUCGUCUGAUUCUCCUGGAUUUUGGGUCUGCAGCUGACAUGGAAACCGCUGGCUUGCUGAAAAGUAAUAUUGGACUAAGCGAGACUGUUGCUGUGAGCCCAAUAUACGCGGCCCCCGAACUUUUUGUUGAUCCUAAUCGUGAUCCUGAAAAGUUUGACUGCUUCAGUGUAGCACUAUUGUUUUGCCAGUUGCUUUUUCAGUAUCUGGAUGAGCGCAUAGAUGCAGGAUUUCGUCAGCAGUUGGAAAAGGCCAAUUUUAAUUUAGAUGCGUGGCUACAAACCGAACUACAAGGUAAAGUUCGCCCAUCUGGUUUAGAAGAUGCGCUUGAGAUUUUAGAGGAACGCCCUGGUCUUUGGAACCUACUGCAGGCCAUGCUUCAUCAAGAUCCUGUGUUUCGCCUCUCAAGCCAGGACGCUCUAAAUCAAUGGCACAGAGUAAAGGAUAGACAAGUUCUGCGUGAUGUUGACGGCUCUUACUUGAUGGAGGUCUUGGAAUCCCUCGAUCUUUGCAUUAUCCCACCUUCAAGACCUCUGCACUUUGUGGCAACGUUCGACCGAAAUGAGCCCUUAGGCCUGUUGCUUGCAGAAUCCGACACGGACUCCAGCAAAAUAGAAAAUAUUGUAGACGCCAAAAGAUGGACCCAGAUAAAGGAAGAUGCUAUUUCCGGAGAAGUGUACGUCCAGGGGAUUAUACAUGAUGGGCAAGCCGAAUCUAUGGGAAUCUUUGAAGUAGGAGAUCGCUUACAGGGUGUCGGUGAGCUCCCAUUAGCCGAAGGAGGAUUCCAAAGGGCCAUUAAUAUGAAGCUUCAGGAUCAACCAAAGAAGGCCAAAUUUGUCACUUUGCAUUUCGAUCGGAAAGCCAACGUUGUUGGAUCAAACGAUAAUUUACCCAUUGCUUCAAUGGAGGGCCCCAUAAUUGUAGCGGACCAAGGAGCUUGGUCCCGUAGGGGGAAGAGAUUCGCACAGGAAGAUGCUUUCAUUCUACACGAAGUUCACGACACGAGAGAGCGGUCUGUGCUCCUAGCUGGUGUCAUGGACGGUCAUCUGGGAACGGCGGCAUCCAAAUUGGUGCAAGCAGAGCUUCCGAUUCACUUCUCCGACGAGCUUUUACGACACCUGGGCAAGAGCACAAGCGAAAUGCUAUCGGCGGCGUGGGAAGCAACGUCUCAAUCUUACUGGGCAAACUGUUUGUCUAGUGACGAAUGUGUUGCAGACUAUGACCCAAGGGAAGGAUUUUUGAACGCAAAUACGGGGUCAGAAGAUGCUGUUGCUGGGACUACAGCAGCGAUUAUGGCAUUGGACAAAAAGCUGGGUCACAUAGCUGUGCUAAAUUGCGGUGACUCUCGAGGUGUGAUUCUGAACUCACAGGGUCUUCCCAUUUUCCAGACAAUCGAUCACAAGCCGGAUAUGGAUAUGGAAAGGCUGUCGGAAGGAAGGAAGCUGGGCAAGGAUUACAGUUUGCCUCAGUGUAGGUUUUCUAAAUGGUUUCUGUUGGUGGGAGAAUAUGAAUACGCUGUGAGCCGCUCCCUGGAGGGACCUCUUGCAACCUCAAAGGGUAUAGCCAAUACUCCAGACAUAUCGGUGAUUCAAGCAGAAGCAGGAAUGUCCGGCUUAAUUGCAAGUGAUGGACUAUGGGAAGUCAUUGAUACCGAAGAGGUGUGCCUCAUUUUGACAAAUUUGAGGGGCAUGGGCAAAGGCGCAGGAGAUGCAGCAAAGACCAUCUGCUCCAUGGCCAUCGAAAGGGGAUCUUCGGAUAAUCGGUUAAUAGAGGCUGUUACUUUCGCCUCGGACGCAAGCAACUUUAUCGAGUUUAAUCUAAAUCCGGAGUUUUAAAAACAUGU